AUGAAUGAUACAUCCAGCCUACUACAAGUCCGAGAGAUCAACUCUGAUACCGAAGAAAAAGUACAAAGUCUGGAAUAUCAAACUGUUUCUGAAACUAUUAAUACCGAAAAAUCAAAAUUAGUUAUGGAAUUGAAUGAUAGAAACAAUAUUGAAAUAUGUAAAGUUUCAUUAGUUCCAAAUUAUAAAAUUGUAAACGCAGGUUAUGAAGAUUAUAUAUUCUAUGAAAAAGUAAAAUACACCAUUGAUGAAUUUUUAGAAAACCAACAAAAAGAAAUCGAAUCUCUAACUGAAGAUAAUCGUUUAUUAGAAGAUUAUUUGUCCAAUGAACACAAAGAAAUAAAUAAAGAUAUUCUUGCCUUACAAAAAAAAAUAGAUAAGUUAGAAAAAUGGCAUUUAAAUAAAUUUAUUCUUGUGAUAAAUUAUGACGAUGAAGAGUCAGUUAAAGCAAUAAAAGAAAAGGAUAUGAAAAAAGAAAAUCAUGAGAUUGAACGAAUCAGAAAAGAAAGUUUGCACCUUAAGCAAAAGAAUAAACUCCUCAAACAAGAAAAUGUUCGCCUCAGGCAAAAGAAUAAACGAGUCAUGAACGAUUGUUUGCUCCUCAAACAAGAAAAUGAUCGAGUCAGAAAAGAAAGUUUUCUCCUCAGGGAAGAAAGUUUGCUCCUCAAACAAGAAAAUGAUUAUUUGCAUCUUAAAAAAGAAAAUGACCAAAAUUUUACAAACUCGGAGCAUUCAAGCGACAUCGUAAAGAAUAAGAGAAAAAGAAGAAUGUUGUCGGAUUUGGAAAUAAGAAGACUUUUAAAUAUAUUAAAUCCAAUCGAUCCAUUAUUAGCCUACAAAUGGCGUCAAAUCUUUAAUUCUGAAAGUGACAUUGAAAUUAUUGAAUCGAGAAUUAAAUAUCUCGAUAAAUUUAUACAUAAGCAGUUAAUCCCAGAAUUAAAGAAGGAAACCGAAUACUUGUCUAAAGUCUUAAAAGAUAAUUCUGUUGGUGAAAAGAUUGAUAAGAUGAUGAUUGAGAUUUACGAAC